ACCAGGGGGCGAUUCGCAUGGGAUCGCGGGUGUAGCUUGUGGGGUUCGGUCUCGCGGGCGUAGAUUUUGCCGCCUCGGGGGAUUCAGGGGCGAGGCUUCGGGCCGCGGGUUCAGAUUGUGCGAUGCCGUAUAGCUGUCAAGCUGUGUCUGCGCUCGGGCGCCGGGGGCGGCCACCGAUGGCUGCUCCGUUGACAGCUUUGGCAACACUGCAUAUAUUUGUCGGUUAAUUGAUCUCUAUGCAUUAUAUCUGGAUGUUCUGCAAUGUCUGCCAAUUGCUGAUGCGUCUAUUUUGAUUAAGUUGAUGGCCCUUUUGCUACUGUGUUGUUUUGGUAGUCUGGUCACUGGUGCAUGCGAAUAUUCCUUUUUAGCUAAACACAUUGCACUCCCUUUUGCUAGUGUCAGUUUCAGCACAGGAGACACCUUUCAUAGCUUGGAAUCAAUGGGGGCAUGCUGGGUGGUAGUUAUUGAGAUACGGUGCAUUUUGGGAUAAGAUCCUGCCCUGCUUUUGCUUCAUAUGAUGUGUGGAAGAUAGAAAGGAAGGGUGCUACCUUUUCCCUUCUGAAACGAAGAUGUGCAGUGUCUAUUGGGGUAAUGUGUUGUCGUUGAUGAGUUGUGUUGAGUUGGACAUUGUACGAAAGAAGGUUGUGGAGAUUAGUGGAAGGGAUGAACGUGAGGUUAGGGUUGCCGCUUGCCCUUACAGAAUAUGCCCUUUGGGGGCUCACAUUGAUCAUCAGGGUGGAAUUGUCACAGCAAUGACCAUAAACUAUGGAGUACUCCUUGGUUUUGUGCCCUCUAAUGAUUCCGAGGUUUUACUCCGAUCUGGCCAAUUUGAAGGUGUUAUACGAUUCAGAGUUGAUGACUUACAAAAGCCUAUUGAUAACCCAGAGAACAUAAACUGGGAAAGCUAUGCAAGAGGUGCUGUUUAUGCACUGCAGAAUAAUGGAUAUGAUCUCAGGAAGGGUAUCAUAGGCUAUAUUUCUGGUGUGAAAGGUCUUGAUAGCUCAGGGCUUAGUUCUUCUGCAGCGGCUGGCAUUGCCUAUUUGCUCUCUUUAGAAAAUGUAAAUGAUCUGGUUGUAUCAUCUGUGGAUAACAUUCAGUUGGAUAAGUCCAUUGAAAAUAAAUAUUUGGGUCUUGAAAAUGGCAUUCUAGAUCCAUCUGCCAUUUUGUUGUCACGGUAUGGUUAUCUCACCUUCAUGGACUGCAAGACCGCUUCACCUUCCUACGUCUACUUCUCGGAGCUGAGUAAAAGCCAGCAGCCUCAGGGACAUCUACCAUUCAAGAUUUUGUUGGCAUUUUCAGGACUGCAACAUAAUCUGCCGAAGAAGCGUGGAUAUAAUACACGAGUUUUUGAGUGCAAAGAGGCUGCCCGUGCUCUUUUGCAGGCUUCAGGCUGUGAAGAAGCAUCAAAUAUACUUCGCAACGUUGACUCUGCUGUCUAUGAGGCCCAGAAGUGUGUAUUGGAAGAAAAUCUUUCCAGGCGAGCUGAGCACUACUUUUCUGAAAUGAAGCGGGUUGCUAAGGUUACUCUGGUUAUGCUGCCCAGAAAUGGCAGAGAUGCAUGGGCUCGCGGGAACCUGCAAGAACUUGGUCAGCUGAUCUCUGCAUCUGGUCGUAGCUCCAUACUCAACUACGAAUGCGGGAGCAAAGAGAUGAUACAGCUGUACGAGAUCCUCCUGAAGGCCCCCGGCGUGCUCGGCGCCCGGUUCAGCGGCGCCGGCUUCAGGGGCUGCUGCCUGGCGAUCGUGGAGAGCGACCGCGCCGAGGAGGCGGCCGCGUACGUCGCUGACGAGUACGAGAAGGCCCAGCCCGAGCUGGUGUUCAGGAUCCCCGCGGAUCGCCGCGUGCUGGUCUGCGAGCCCGGCGACUCCGCGCGCGUCAUAUUGCCCGACGACCGUCUCCAUUCCUGAUGGCCCUGACGGAGGCGGCCGGCCGGCGGUGUGAAGAGGGCUCCUCCUCCCUCGUGUCGUGUGGGCCUGGGAGUGUCAGUUAUGGACGACGUAUAGUAUCUGAGGGUGCAGGGCAUCCUUGUACGUGUGGUGUCCAUUUGAUCCAUUCGUUUGUACGAAGCAAUAAGCGCGGCGUUCGCGUUGGUAUCGAAGCAAUAAGAUUUUUCGAGUAAAAGGAAGUGGAAUGCACUACCAGUGUAGGUUAA